CAGAAGCGGUGGAGCAAAUAUUGUUGUUUGCAUCAUUCAGUUCAGUGCCACCGUUGCAUAUAUUGCUGACUGCGCUCGUUGUUUCUAUUCUGCCUGAGACUGCAUACCCCUUGGACACCACGUUCUUUCCUCUCUGCAUCGUCUUUAAGUACUACUGCCAUAACCUAUCAGUGGCCUCUAUACAUUGCCUCAUUAUCGUCGUAUCUUAAUGCACUCCGUCCUCACUCUUGCUGCCCUUGCCUUGGGGUUCCAUCCUCUCGCUGCUCGUGCGGCAACUUACUCUCUUGCACAGUCAUAUCAAGGGAACUCCUUCUUCCAAGGUUGGAAUUUCUCGACAGCUCCCGAUCAGAAUUACGGUUAUGUCACUUUCCAGAGCCAGGCCAACGCCGAGGCUCAAAAACUCGUCUAUCUUAACGACAAAGGGAACGCUGUGAUCAAAGUCGACAAUGUUACCGUUGGUCAACCUGCGGACACGACCUUUGGUCGUAAUUCGGUUCUUAUGACCUCUCUGGCCCAGAUUCAGGUUGGGUCCUUGGUUUUAUUCGACGCUCUACAUAUGCCAUAUGGGUGUUCCGUUUGGCCUGCAUUCUACCUCUUAGGUCAAAAUUGGCCUAAUAAUGGAGAGAUCGAUAUCGUCGAGAAUGUGAACCUUGCGACAUCGGCUCAAUAUUCUUUGCACACGCUAUCUGGGUGCCAACACCCGAGCGGAAAAGGCAACGAGACGGGCGUUAUCGUCAGCACCGACUGUUUCAACGCGACGAACGGAAAUCAGGGUUGCAUCGUUCGCGAGAGCCAGCAGAAUAGCUUUGGUCAGGGUUUCGCUACCGUCGGUGGGGGAGGAUUCGCGACAGAAUUUACUUCGCAAGGGAUCAAAGUGUGGUUCUUCCCUCGCUCAACUUUGCCCAGCGAUUGGAAUAGCACGUCACCCAACCCUGAUAAUUGGCCUACUCCUUCUGCUUAUUAUCCUAGUUCGUCAUGCAACAUCACGCAGUUCUUCGGACCUCAAUCUAUCGUGCUCGAUAUUGAUAUUUGUGGUGCCUUUGCUGGAGCUUCAAACGUCUACAAUGCGGGCGGACUUUGCCCUGGUCAAUGUGUGGAUGUCAUCAAGGAUCCUAACACGUAUAACAGCGCGUACUUUGAGAUUCAAUUUUUAAAAGUGUUCGCGCAGCCUGGAACGAGCACGGUCUCCAGUAAACCCACGUCAACUGAUUCGUCGACCCCCUCCAAGAGUGGAAACGGUGGAGGUGCAGCAGGGAAGAAUUGGGGUCAUGUCGCUGGUGUGGCUACGUUAUCGCUCGUCUUUGGUCUUGCUGGGAUGUUUGCAACCUUGUUCUGAGUACGGAGGGGGGGGGGGG